AUGAUGCAAAUGAAAAACAUCACUCUGGCAGAGGAUUUCUAUCUCUUAGGCAUAGUGACUGCACCAGCACUGCAAAAGUUACUUUUCAUGUUGUUUGCGUGUAUCUACAUUAUGACCAUACUUGGCAAUUUCAUGGUUAUUGUUAUAAUUAUAGUGGACUUCCAUCUUCACACACCCAUGUACUUUUUUCUUGUCAAUCUUGCCUUAAUAGAAAUAUUGUAUACCACAGCUAUCACACCAAACAAUUUAAAGAAUCUUCUCCAGGAAGACAAAACAAUCUCCUUUGUGGGAUGUUUUAUUCAGAUGUUCAUUUUUGUCACUUUGGGGGGCUCCGAAUGUGUUCUACUUGGCACUAUGGCAUAUGACAGAUAUGUUGCUAUAUGUUAUCCUCUGCAAUAUAAUACAAUAAUGGACCAGUCUCUUUGUAUUCAUCUCACACUGACCUGUUGGACUAUUGGACUUAUGAAUUCAUUGGUGCAUACAAUACUCACAUCAAUGCUAACCUUCUGUCAUAACCAUCUUCUUAGACAUUACUUCUGUGAAAUCCCACCCUUGCUUAAGAUCUCAUGUACAGAUACUCAUAUCAAUGAACUAAUAGUAUUCCUUGUUGGUGGCAGUGUAAUUGUAGGAUCACUUGUACUAACAGUUAUUUCAUACGUAUACAUAAUUGCUGCUGUGAUAAAGAUCCCUGGACAAGGAAAAAGAAAAACCUUCUCCACAUGCUCUUCACAUCUAAUAGUUGUUGUCACCUUUUUUGGGACAGUGAUCUUCACUUACCUUCGCCCUGCUUCACACUCCUUCUAUAAUGAGGACCAUGUCAUCUCUCUGGUAUAUAGUGUAGUGACGCCUCUCUUAAACCCUAUAAUAUAUAGCUUUAGAAAUAAAGAUUUCCAGAGGGCCAUGCAGAAGAUUUUAAUUAGUAAACUUGUUAUAUAA